UUUCACUCCCACGACCACCUGUGCACCAUGUCCGCUUCGCCAUCUGCCGGGUUGCUUCUCGACCCCCAGCUGCAGGCAGAGAUGUCGAGCCCACCCGCGCAGCAGGAUCCCAAGCCUCCUCCUCCGGCUCCCCAGUACAUCUUUGCGGGCACAACAUACGAAACCAACGUCGACAAGGACGCUCCCGCGCCGCCUCCUGCGUCGGCGUUGGAAUUCAGUGGUGUCGUGCCUACUUCCCUGCCGGUGCAGGCAGAGCAAGCGACCUCAGAUGCGAACCAUGGUGAGGCUCAGCCAUCUGAGCCGCAGCAGGGGAGUGUCCCUCCACCACCCGUCCUCGCAACUCGUAAGCGCAAGCUUGAUGCCGCGGACAUCGAUGGAGAGGAUGUGCACACCAAGAUUCGACGCGUCGUACGCGACCACGUCUCGCACGAUCCCGCGAGGGUCGUGCCGAUGACUACCGUGAUAUGUUUACAUGCCGCGGUCGCCCAGAAGUCGUACGGGACGGAGAAGCGCUUCCUAUGCCCCCCUCCGAUUGUGCACAUCGAGGGACCUGUCUGGCACAUGCGCUCGCAACAGCUGUCUAUGGCCAUCAUCUCGGAGACGGGGGAACGUACCUUCGAACAGAGGGCCGCGCUCGAUACCAACAUGACUAGCAGCUUCAAGUUUCUGCACGUCACUAGUACUGCGAAGGCCAAGAGCUUCCAGCUUUCGCUCGACAUCGCGGAGCCGCCCCCCUCCGCUGCUGGUAGUGACGCGACGGACGCGCCUCUGGGCCGCGUCUGGGCUUCAUUUGACUCCGCGCCGGUCACGAUCAUCUCGAAGCCGUCGAAGAAGACCGCGAAGACGCGUAACAUCGCGUCCUGCAUCCUUGCUGGCGGUCCUGUGUCGCUCUUUAACCGCAUUAACUCCCAAACCGUACGCACGAAAUACAUGACCAUCGAACAUGCACAGCUGUGCGCGAGCAACAUCGCUUGGUCUGCCUUCAACGUGAACGUCGUCCGUCGCAGCACCGACACGCCCCCCGUGGCGGGACCUCAGGCCGUAUCGUACGGAAGCGAAAUUAUCCUCUCCGAUACUACUUCCGGUAUCUCGACAUCACCACUUGUCAUUCGCAAGGUCGAGAAAGGCAAGGUUAUCGCCGAUGAUGGUGGACCGGUCAGCCAGAUGCAGAAGGUCGUUCUACAGCGCGUGAACCCCGAUGGGUCGCGUCACUACCUGUCUGCAGCUGGCCCCGGCUCGGGCAGCCCGAGCGGCUCAGGAUCUGCUUCACAGGCCGGCACGCAUCCCCUCAUUUUCCAGUCGCCGCGUGUUAGCGAUGACAGCAACAAGGACAAUCACAACGAUGAGGUUGACGACUACCUUUGCUGGACAAUUGUUGGGAUAUCCAAAUUCCAGUAUACGUUCUUCGAUGCGUUUGGUGGCAACAACAAGAUUCCCGAGCUACCCAUCACCCCCUUCCCGACAUUGUUCACCGCGCCGGUCUAUCGUCAACAACACCAUACUCUCGACUUGACUAUCUCCAAUCUCUUCUACGAGGAUCCCAAUACCGGCCGCCACAAGGCCUUGGAGGUUUACCUAGGCAAUCUCGGGCCGCUCGCACAUCGCAUCUAUCAGAUGGGGCCUACUGGACCUCUCACCAAUGUCGCACCCCCGUUCAUGACGAAUUCCGUGCACACCAUCGUCACCGUUACCUUGCCCCCGAUUAGCGAUAUCGUCAAGGCCCUCGAAGAUGACGCGGCGAGCUCGAACGAUCCCAGUCGAACUCACACACCAGUCGCCAGUCAGUCCAACACCACGCCGCCUCCUAGGGCACCUCCACCAGCGUCGAUCGCCGGGCGUAGUUUGCCUCUGCUCUUCGUUCGGGCGUACGACGGCAUAGGGUACCAUUCCGGCAGGACGAUUGCUGUCGACAACAUGUUUCAGGGCAUUGACUUGCAUGCGCUGCCUCAGCAUCCCACGGAGGGUAUCGACACGAAUUGGUUGGCGGCAGCGCACGCUGCUGCGAUUACUGACGGUGGGUGGCAGUUGCGAGUGCUUUAGGGCUCUGCUACCAGUGGACGUUGCGUUGGAAGUUUGCGUUCAAGGACGCUAUCUAAUUACUAUGUUCGUCUUCUCUCUCACCUUUUCGCAAAUCUGGCUACGUCUAAAUAUCCCUUUCCCUGUUGUCGAAAUUGCUGUCCGUCGAGAGCUGUAUACCUUCCUGGUCUCCUCUACCUAUCACCCUGGUUUAUGUGCACACGUUCGCGAUCGGGAACGUUCGCGGCGUCGGCCUUUAUGUGUAUCUACUUCUGGUCUCUUGUGUUAUCCAUGCUGUUCUCUCUGUU